CUCGUUCUAACUAUGAGGAGCAGACGUGAAGUCUGAGGCUGUGGUCCCCAACCAGUGGAGAGUCUUCACUGUGGAUCCCAGUAAAGCUCUGGACUAACUGGCUGAGGUGUGAGGAGCAUCGACCUGCAGAGCCAGAUAAACAAUGAAACUGGUGUGAAAGAUCAUUUCACUGUGUUCUGCUGUAAACUGAGCACAGAACCAGAAGGAAAUAGACCAGACCUUGAAUAUCUAGAAGAGCAGCGCGGCCUGAACCACAACUGAGCGGCAGCCGGCCCAGUGCAACAUGGACGAGGACACUUCAGAGCAAGUUGGACCCUCACCCACAAAAGGUCAGGACCACAGACUGAGAGCAGAGUCCCCAGGGUCCAGCUGUCUGUCUCUGAAGAGUGACUGGUCCAAGGAUGCUCCUUACAACUUCAGUAAAGAACCUGGACCCUCACACACAAAAGGUCAGGACCACAGACUGAGAGCAGAGUCUCCAGGGUCCAGCUGUGUGUCUCUGAAGAGUGACUGGUCCAAGGAUGCUCCUUACAACUUCAGUAAAGAACUUGUACCCUCACACACAGAGGAGAGGAAGAGGAGUCGUGUUUCUGAGGAGGAGCAGUCGUCCUGCUGUGCUUCGUGUCAGGACGUCCUGAAAGAUCCAGUCUCCACCAGCUGUGGACACUGGUUCUGCAGACAGUGCAUCACCUCAUACUGGGACCAGUCUGGUUCUUCAGGAGACUCCUCCUGUCCCCAGUGUGGACAAAGAUCCAGAACAGGAGCUGGAGCUCAGACAGCCGCAGAUCGUGGUCUGCAGGAGGUUUUCGAUGAACAUAAGCUCAGUGUGAGGAGAAGAUGUGAAAAUGUGACUGAAGGAAGUGAUGAAAGAGGAAGUAGAACCCUCCUCAACAGGAUCUACACUGAGCUCUACAUCACAGAGGGACAGAGUGAAGAGGUUAAUACUCAACAUGAGGUGAGGCAGCUUGAGACGGCUUCCAAGAUGAAGAUCCUCCACGACACUCCCAUCAGGUGCCACGACAUCUUUAAAGCCUCCACUGACCAGCAGAGCAGCAUCAGAGUCGUUCUGACCAACGGCGUUGCUGGCGUUGGAAAAACCUUCUCGGUGCAGAAGUUCACUCUGGACUGGGCAGAGGGUUUAGAAAACCAGGAUGUGGGUCUGCUGGCUGUGCUUUCGUUCAGGGAGCUGAACCUGGUGAAGGACCAGCAGCACAGUCUCCUCACGCUGCUCCAUGUUUUCCAUCCAGCGUUACAGAAGCUCACGGCAGAGACGCUCGCUGUCUGUAAACCUUUGUUCAUCUUUGACGGCCUGGAUGAAAGCAGACCUUCUCUGGACUUCAACCACAGGGAGCUUGUGUCUGAGGUCACACAGAGGUCAUCAGUCAACGUGCUGCUGACAAACCUCAUCCGGGGGAAUCUGCUUCCCUCGGCUCUCGUCUGGAUAACCUCCAGACCUGCGGGGGCCAAUCAGAUCCCUCCUGCAUGUGUUGACAGGGUCACAGAAGUACGAGGCUUCACUGACGCCCAGAAGGAGGAGUACUUCAGGAGGAGAUUCAGUGAUGAAGAGCAAUGCAGCAGAAUCGUCUCACACCUCAAGACGUCCAGGAGCCUCCACAUCAUGUGUCAAAUCCCAGUCUUCUGCUGGAUCAGUGCUACAGUUCUGGAUCACAUGUUGACCACAGACCAGAGAGGAGAGCUGCCCAAGACCCUGACUGACCUGUACUCACACUUCCUGCUGGUUCAGACAAAGAGGAAGAACAACAAGUACGGUGAGGGACAUGAGACGACUCCACAGCAGCUGACGGAGGCUGACAGGGACGUUCUCCUGAAGCUGGGGAGGCUGGCACUUAAACAUCUGGAGGAAGGAAACAUCAUGUUCUACCAAGAAGACCUGGAGCGGUGUGGUCUUAAUGUCACAGAGGCCUCGGUGUACUCAGGAGUUUGUACUGAGAUCUUCAGAAGAGACCGUGUGAUCUUCCAGAAAUCAGUCUACUGCUUUGUUCAUCUGAGUGUUCAGGAGUUUCUGGCUGCAGUCUACAUGUUCCACUGUUACACCGAGAGGAACACAGAAGAACUCAAGAACUUCUUUGGAACAUGUGAGGACACAGACAGUACCUUCUCCCUAGAUGACCUCCUGAAGAGAACCAUGGAGAAAUCCCUCACCAGUACAAAUGGUCAUCUGGACCUGUUUGUUCGCUUCCUUCACGGCCUCAGUCUGGAGUCCAACCAGAGAGUCUUAGGAGGCCUGCUGGGUCGGACAGAGAACAAUCCAAAUAUCAUCCAUAGGGUCUUAGAAGGCCUGCUGGGUCGGACAGGGAACAAUCCAAAGAUCAUCCAGAGAGUCAUCAACAACCUGAAGGAGAUGGAGAGUGAUGACAUUUCGCCUGACAGAAGCAUCAACAUCUUCCACUGUCUGACUGAGAUGAACGACCACUCAGUUCAUCAGCAGAUGAAACAGUUCCUGACGUCAGAGAACAAAUCAAAGGAGAAACUGUCUUUGAUCCACUGUUCAGCUCUGGCCUACAUGCUGCAGAUGUCAGAGGAGGUUCUGGAUGAGUUGGACCCGGAGAAGUUCAACACAUCACACCAGGGUCGACUGAGACUGAUCCCAGCUGUGAGGAACUGCAGGAAGGCUCGACUCAGUAGUUGUCAACUCUCAGAGACUCACUGUGAAGUCGUGGCCUCAGCUCUGAAGUCAGACCCCUCACAUCUGACAGAACUGGAUCUGAGUGACAACAAGCUGCAGGAUUCAGGAGUGAAGCUGCUGUGUUCUGGACUGGAGAGUCCAAACUGUCGACUGGAGGCUCUGAGGUCCUUAAAUCCUUCUUCACUUUUCAGACUUUCUUUCUUCUUGGGUCAUUAUUUAUUAAAAUUGUCUCAGUUCUGUUCUGCUCACUGUCCCUCAGUCAUCUGUCCCUCACCCAGCCUGUCAGUCACGUCCACCUCAUCAACUCCAUUCACCUGCACUCACCUGCUCCUGAUCACUGAGAAAGUGUCAGUAAAUAACAUGUGGACUGAGGCCGAGCACUUGUCCUCCUCCGGUUUUCAAAAUAAGACACAUUCUUAUUGAAACACGUUGGACAGUUGAUAAGUAUAGAAACAAACAGGAAGUGACUGUCAGGGGCCAUCCAUACUUUAAACAGUGUUUAAUAACACAAACCUGCUCAGUGACCAACACACAGAGAAGAAGCUGAUGAAUGAAACAAUGGUCCAACAUGUCUGAUCUGAUAUUUAUCUUCAGGUCACAGACAGGACUGAGGUCAGCAGCAUGUUGAGAGUCU